ACGGAAGAUGGGCGAGAGUGAACCACUGUAAAUGGUAGACGUAAAAAAAGGAGGAGAAAACCCAACCUGUAAGUGAAUGUAAACAUUGAAAACACGUGUAAAAUAGCCUUGUUUACCCAGAGGAAAAUAUCUACUGCCGUGAGAUCAAAGGAAAUAACUUAGAUCAUGAAAUAUAAAGUGAACAAAAGGAGAAAAUUAGUGAGGACUGAUCAAGUGAUGGCGAGGAAGUUGGCGAGGUGUGGGUAGGCGAGGCGCUGAUGAGAGGCCUAGCGUGGGGUACACGGGGUCAAGGUGGGGUAUACGGGGUCAAGGUGGGGUAUACGGGGUCAAGGUGGUGUGGUACACGGGGUGACGGUGGUAGAGGACCGCCGUAGCUCGCACACUGUGGUCCAGCAGGCGGGUGAUUGGCUAGUUGAAUACCAGGCAAGAAACACCCGCUACUACUGCCAUAUCUGCCACUAGUACUGCUAUUGCCAGCAACGAUAACAACCACUAACCACUAUUAUAAGGACUGCUACCACUACCACCAAGAUCUGUCUACCACCACCGUGACUCCUCCACCUGCCGCCGCCACCACAGCUACCAGAACAAACCACUAACCUACACCACCUAUUUUACUCUCUCCCCAAACCUUUCCGCCCAUUUUCUAACUUCCUUCCCCCACAAAGCCACAAUGUAUGGCAUGGUGGGUGGUGGUGGCGGGGGCGGGACUCCGAGGGGUGGUAGUGGUGGGGGUGGUGGAGGUGGAACCAGGUCCAGCAGCCGGAGGUCGACCCAGUAUCGUGGUACUGGAGCCUCCACCGCUACCUCCUCCAGUCACGGCCACGGGGGCGGCGGCGGGUCGCGGCCUCCACGCUCACUCUACAGGAGACUGCUCACCUUCAUCAAACAGGCGUGGACAGGCGUCAAAUUCGGUUCAGACGCCGAACUGGAGAUCCUGGAGCAGGAGCCCCGCUACCGACCCGAGGACAUCAACGCCCUCAGCAGGACGACGCACUUCACCCGAGCGGAGCUCCAGCGGCUCUACCGCAGCUUCAAGGACAGGUGUCCCACUGGUGUGGUCAGGGAAGACGCCUUCAAGGAGCUCUACUUCCAGAUGUUCCCCAAGGGAGCGAGUUCCAGCAAGUACCCGCACUACGUCUUCAACAACCUCGAUAAGGAGAACACCGGGGUCAUCAGCUUCGAGGAUCUGAUCACUCUACUCUCGCGUCUCUCAAGAGGAUCCCUAAACGACAGACUUAAGUGGAUCUUCUCCCUCUACGACCUGAACGGCGACGGGUGCAUCACGCGACAGGAGAUGACAGACGUGGUGCAGGCCGUCUACGACCUGAUGGGCAAGCACACGGACACGCCCGUCGACGAGCAGACAGUGGGGCUCAAGGUGGAGUCUCUCUUCACGACUCUGGACUUGAACAAGGACGGUGUGAUCACUCUGGACGAGUUCACUGAAGCUUGCAGCCAGGAUAGCACCAUUGCCUACAACAUUGACGCCAUGUUGCAGUGUGACGUCACGGUUCUCAACCCUUCUGACAUCACUUCCUCUGACGCCAUCACGCCUGACCACCCACCAUCCAGGAACCUUAGGAGGUGACGUCAUCCUGACCAAUCGUCAAGCGAGAAGGAUUCACAUGAAGUGACAUCAUUGGCAUCCUCCAAUGCCAACUGAAGUAUCGUCGAAACAAGCGGUUUACUGCAAAAUACAUUUCUCGUCAUAAUACAAAAUGAACUGAGAUGAACUUCAAGUCGAACGUUGCCAAACAUGUCGCUAGGAUGUUGUUAGGGUUUGAGAUGUAAAUACACCAGAGAACCAAUGUUUAUGUUGUUGUGUUUGUUGAUGGCGGGCGGCGACGGGGAGUCUUCAUGGUGACUGGUUCGCGCCUCGGGUGUCUGGGUAGUGCUUUUGUGUCAGUCACGAGCUUCAAGCCGUGGGGAGGGAGGGAGGGAGGGACGGAUGGGGGAGAGUGGGCCGUUUUAUCAGGCACUAAGACCAUUGAAAGCUUUCUGUCUUUUCCCCUUUAAGAUUUGUGGAAACAUUGAAGACAUUUUGUACAGCUUCUGUGUCUUUAUUGUGGGUGUUGAAAGGUGUUUUGUGCCAGUACGCCACAAACACACACACAUAUACACCCAGCUUGUAUAGACACACUGACCAGAGUGUGGGCCUGCUGCUCCCCCUCCUGCUCCUAACAGCUGCUCAAUCGACCCGUCUCCCACAUUAACAAGCCACUAACUACACCAGGUCAACCACAAGAAACAAGGUCAAUUAUUUUUUUAAGGUUCACCAUGAAGUGUGUCAAGUGUCAGUUGCUGCGGCUUUGUACAUAGUUCAGAUAUCUUUAUAUUCUCUACAUGCUUUGUGGCACAGUUAUUUAAUCUAAUUAUAUACAUUUAUGUGUGAGAAUCAACUUCAGGAUGUCGGGACGUCGCGCAAGUCCAUAGUCAUUUUCUGCCGUGACGUCACAUUCUUGUCUAUUGGUGUUUGUUGAUGUUGUGCUCUCCAUCUACUCCCACACCUGUUGACUACCUGUUGAGGGUUUCCAACGUCCUCGGAGCCCAGUCUCUGACCUCCACACAUAUUCUAUUCGACAUUGACUCUACAGUCAAAGGUAUUUUUUCAAUUUGGUAUCAUUUAUAUGACGAGAGGUUGUCAGCCCUGGGGGACGAUCAGUCACUGGAAAUUUGCAUAAUGACAUAUCGAAUUAUGUUGUCCAUUUAUGGUGUUAACUUAAAUCCAUUUGUUAUUAUGGAUACUUCUAAUUUAAUCUAAAUUUUCCUUUAAAUAUGACCAAACAUUGAGACCCAUUUUCUGUAUAAUACUCUGUAUGCUGAUUCCCAUUUUCAAUGGGGAAAAUAUAUAACUUUAACGGUUUUUAAAUAUCACUAAGUUUUCCGAAACGGUUUUGUGCGAUGAAGACAGCAAAAUUAAAAUAAUGAAAUACACAGCCUUAUUUUGUAUAUUAUAAAAAAUUAAUGGAAAAGUAAUGUAUUUAAAGGAAAUUCACCAUUUUCUAUCAAAGAGGAUACAGAAGCAAAGCUUUUAAAUUUACAUGUUGUUGUCGUUAAAGAUUCGCUACCUGGAACAAGAAGUUCUAAGUAGCACGGGCUACGGCGAGCCCGUCUUAAAAUUUACAGGCGGCAGUCAGUCCCAAAGCAAUUUAAUGUUAGAGUUCGAUGCAUUAUAUUUUCUACGAUCCUUGAUUUUCCAAUCUGUACUCUGAAUACUGAUUCGAUUCUUACAUUCAGAAAUGUGGCAAUUCUUUACAAAUUCAGAAAGCAUCUUGAUUCCAGGAUAUAAAACUAUUUUGAUUCUUAGAUAUAGUUUAAAAUCCAAUCAUUCCUACUUUACUUUUAAUUCCUUGGCCGAAACACUUUAAUUCAUAAAAAGUUUUACCACUCUAAUUAAAAGAAUUUUUUUCAGGUAGUUUGAUGUUUUUGUUUUUAAAUGUACCUCAAAUUCUAUAAAUUUACUGGUAGAAAUAGUCCUUUUUAAAAUAUCUUGAUUCUUAAUUUCAUAUGCCUUCAGGUACAGGAAAAUCUAGAAUGUCAUAACUCCUACAAAACUUGGAUUAUUCUAAUAGAAUCUAUAUGCCUAGAAUCCCUGUCUAGUCUGGACGGCCGUUAUUCACUAAGAGCUUAAAAUAUCUUGACUGAGAAGGAGUUCUAAAUAUUCCCAGACAUCCAAAUAUGGCUUGAUUUCCAGCUAAUCUCUAGUUCCAUUGAAAUUCUGUUGUUUCUGAGACCAUAUAUGCCUUGACAACUUAAGAAUUGUAGGGUAGAUCAAAUUUUCAGCAUAUCUUUGUAAAACUACUUUUUUUAUCUAGUGUUUAACAUGUUGAAUCAAAAUUAAUAGUGUUAGAUUUGUAUCAAAAGAUAUAUAAAGGGGAUUUUUAUACAGCACAAAGCUAUCAUUCAUCGAACCUGCAGGGAGAUAGCGUAAUAAUUAGAGAUAAUUCUAAUCAUUCCUUCAUAACCAUAUCUGAGAAGUUGUGUGUAAUCCAUGGCAUGUUGUUGCUGUUCUAAUUAUUAUUAUCAUUAUUAUAAUUCUAAUUAUUAUUUUGUUAAUAAAUCAUUCCAUACAAUUACUGUAUUGCUAAGAUAAGGACAAAUUAAUUAAUAAUGUAGCUUGUUGGAGUGUUUUGGGCACUGUUAUUUAAUUUUUAUAAUUAAUUGAUCCUAUUUCUUACACAGUUAAUUUAAAAACAAUAGAAUUCACACUGUUAAUAAUAGUAAUAGUAGAAUUAGCAUUAGAAAUAGCAGAAUUAGUACUGGUAAUUGAAUUAGCACUAUUAACAGUACCAAUAGUACAAUAUUUUGUAAAAAUAGUAAAUUAGUUGCAUUAGUAAUAGUAAUGAUAGUUGACUUUACAGUCAACAUAGUAGUAAUAGUAGAAUUUCCAUUAGUAAUAGAAUUUCCAUUAGUAAUAGUAGAAUUUCCAUUAGUAAUAGUAGAAUUUCCAUUAGUAAUAGUAGAAUUUCCAUUAGUAAUAGUAGAAUUUGCACAAAGUAUUAGCAUGAAGUAGCAUGCUAAUACUUUGCACUAGCAAUAGUUGAAUUUGCCCCAAGUAAAAGCAGAAUUAACACUAGUAAUGGUAGAAUUUGCCUUAGUAAUAGAAAAAUUAACAUUAGUAAUAGAAGAAUUUUCCCUAGUAAUUAAAGAAUUAACAGUAGUUUUAACAGUAAUUUGUUAGUAAUAAUUGUUGUAGUGCCUCUGAUUGUGACAAUAGCCUCAGGGGUAUUGGUAGUACCAGCCGCAGUGAUAGUGGUAGUGGUAGUGGUAGUGGUAGUAGUAGUAGUAGUAGUAGUAGUAGUAGUAGUAGUAGUAGUAGUAGUAGUAAUGGCCAAAAUAAUAUCGAGCAUUGUAUUAUUAAUUUGCCUGUCAUUCUUGUUGUUUGCAUAAUAUAAUAUUUCCUUUUCU